AUGCAUGGGCGCCGGAAGUAUCUUUUCGGAUCAGUUCUGCUGGCCAGUCUGAGAUCCGUGGAAGCAAAGCUUGAUUUGAACUCGGCCAAGAACAUCGCUGUGUACUGGGGACAAAAUUCACUGCAAGGAAAUGGUGGGCAGGUUCAACAACCUUUGGGUUACUACUGCGAUAAUAAAGAUAUCGAUGUUAUUCCACUUGCAUUCGACAUGAUGAUCAAUGGGCCUGGAGGCGCUCCAGAGGUUGAUUUCUCAGUCACCAGUCAGGAUUGCGACGUCUUCCCAGGAACCCAAUUGAAGAAUUGUUCAAAAAUUGGAGAUGAUAUCACGACCUGCCAGCAAAAGGGCAAGACCAUCUUGUUGUCCAUUGGUGGUGCAACAUACAGUGAAGGUGGUUUCAAAUCAGAAGCGGAUGCAAAGGCUGGUGCCAAGUUGAUGUGGGAAACGUUUGGCCCGACUCGAGCGGGAUCCGACGCUCUUCGGCCAUUCGGGAAUGCCACUCUAGAUGGGUUCGAUUUUGAUUUCGAGGCCACCGUCACGCAUAUGGCGACGUUUGCCACCGAGUUGCGCACUUUGAUGGAUCAGGAUACCAGCAAGAAAUACUUCUUGACGGCUGCUCCCCAGUGCCCCUACCCUGAUCAGGCAGACAAGGAUAUCCUGAACGGCCCCGUCUCUAUCGACGCCGUUUUUGUCCAAUUCUACAACAACUUCUGCGGUGUCAACAACUUCAACGCCGACUCGACAAGCUCACAGUAUAAUUUUGAGACUUGGGAUAACUGGGCUAAAACUGUUUCGCAAAACAAAAAGGUGAAGGUCCUGCUUGGAGUCCCCGCCGACACAACUGCCGCUAGCACCGGGUACGUUCCAGCCGCCAAACUUGCCGAGAUUAUCGAAUAUACAAAGAAAUUCGAAAGCUUCGGCGGUGUUAUGAUGUGGGAUAUGACCCAAGGCUACGCGAAUACUGGGUUUAUUGAGAGUGCGCGCAAGGCGCUUGGUGGGCCUGAUUCCGGUUCGUCGUCGUCCAGCGCGGCGUCGGCCGCGACGUCUGCUCCCUCGUCCACUACUCCUUCGUCCACUAACACCUCGGAGACAUCGCAAUCUUCCAAUACACCCGCCUCGGCGUCCUCCUCUUCCUCAUCCUCUGGGUCUGCCUCAUCGUCCAAUGGUCCUGAACCAACCAACACCACCACGAACCCCCCGCCACCACCUCAGCCAGAAGCUGCUCCCAUGAGCACAGCUGCACCCAACACAGCCGAUGCGCCUGCGUCUCCGAUGUCGACCUCGACGAGCUCCUCAGAGAAAGCGCCCACGAGUGCCGAAACAAAAGCCUCGCUUUCUGACCUGUCGUCGCCUGUUGCUACGAGCUCCAAAACAAAAGUCACGACUUCUGUCUCGUUUUUGCCUAACGCUACGAGCUCCGAGACAAAGGCCUCUAUCUCCGACCUGCCAUCGCCUGCCGUUGCAAGCUCGACCACGAAGUCAUCGACUUUCACCCCGUCAUUGUCUGGGGUCGCAAGUUCUGAGACAAAAGCCUCAAUUUCUGAACCGUCUCCGCCUGUUGUUGCGAGCUCCGCAACAAAAAACUCGGCUUCUAUUUCCUCUUCGCCUGUUGACACCAGUUCCGAAACUCAGACGUCGGUCUCCAAAGCGUCACCGACUGUCGUCGCGAGCGCUACAACAAAGGCCUCGACUCCCACCUCAUCUUCGGCUACUUCCACGAGCUCCGAGACCAAGCCCACGAACGAUACCUCUGAGUAUAAUAACGGUUCAAAUGCUCCUGCUGAUGGCUCCGAUCCUGUUCCCUCUGACCAAGCCACUAACGGGACCGAGGAGGGUACUGGGAAAGCUUCUCCCAGCAAGGGUUCACUCAACCUUGUGGGCCAGGAUCUCCUGGGCCUUCUGCAAGGAUUGCGACAGGCAAAUACCGUCACCUCGCGCCUCAAGAACAAUCUCAGGAAGGCAAGUGUUCUUCGGCAUGCUCGUCGCCAUGCCUUCUAG